AUGAUUGAAAAUAUUUCAGAAGCAAAUUACCCACAGAAUCAAGCGAUUGACUUGGAAUCAGAAUUCGGAGUUGAAAAAAUAGGUAUCAAUUUAUAUCGUGGCAAACGUCCAAUACCGAAACCAGAUAGACGUUCAAGAGGUGCAUAUGGUGGGUAUAUAGCUGGACAAGCAUUAUUGGUUGCCAUCAGAUCUUGUCCUGAAGAAUUUAGACCACACCUGUUCCAUUCAUAUUUCAUUAAAGCUGUCAAUGAUAAAGAACCUUUAGAAUGGAGAGUUGAAGAAACAUCAAAUGGUAGAAAUUUUGCCAAUAGAUCUUUACAAGCAUUUCAAGCAGGUGAAUUGGUAUACACAGCCAGUGCUUCUUUAACAAAGAAAAAUUCUGCAAAGAAAACUGAAGAGGCUACCGGAGUUAAGCCAUUUGAAUUUCAAGCAAAAAGACACGAAUGGUUUGAUAAACACAAGAUAGAGGAUCUUCCUGUUGCUAAUCCAUCUUCUUCUCUUUUAAUUUAUCAUAAAUUUUUCCCAGAAGUCGUUUCAUUAGAAGCGUCGAAAGAAGAAGAAGCAAGACCUGCUGCUGAUAGAAAAUUGAGUUGGUAUUUUAAAUGGGGGAUUAAUAAUGAAGAUGGUCAUCACCAACCAUUAGUUAACUUGAACUCGGAAUAUCAAUAUGUUGGUAUGGCUGCUUUAACUGAUGCCGUUUAUUUGAAUAGAUUAUUAAGAAUAUUACGAGUUGACGAUGCUGAUCACACUCAACUUGUUCAUUAUUUUUCAGUUUCGUUAGAUCAUUCAAUGUAUUUCCAUGAUGAAGAUCUUGAUGUGGGACAAUGGAACUCAUUUACAUGCAGAUGUAUAAGAUUCUCACAUAACAGAGUUCUUUUCGAAGGGCAAAUUUACAAUCACAAAGGUGUACAAGUUGCUUCAUUUGUGCAAGAAGGUUUAGUUCAACUUAAUGGUCUUGAAGCUGGUGCUAAGUUAUAG